CGGCGGGGCCGGAAGCGGCUCGCGCCGGGGUCUACUUCCGGCGGGGACCUGGCCCCGGGGCCGCCAGCAGGUGAUGCACUGAUCAGCUCACAGAUGUUGCCCCAAUUGAUGUAGGACCCAAGUUGCUUGGGCCAAGGAUGAGCAAGCCGACAGACUUGCAGCACAACUUGGAACGAAGCCUCCCAGCCAUAGCAUCCAUCAGCACUUCAUUUUCGCAGAGCCAAGGCUUUUCUCCGUAUUGUUAUUUCUCUCCAGAGAAGAGGAAAGCCAUCUCAGACGUAAGGAGGACCUUCUGCCUCUUCGUCACCUUUGAUCUGCUCUUCAUCUCUCUGCUGUGGAUAAUUGAACUGAAUACCAAGGAUGGCAUUCAGAAGAACCUGGAGAAUGAAAUCAUCGAGUACAGUUUUAAGACUUCUUUCUUUGAUAUAUUUGUCUUGGCUUUCUUUCGAUUUUUUGUGCUGCUGCUGGCCUAUGCAAUCCUGAAACUGCGCCACUGGUGGGUCAUAGCGGUCACUACAUUGGUAUCCAGUGCCUUCCUGAUUGUGAAGGUCAUCCUCUCCGAGCUUCUGACCAAAGGGGCUUUCGGCUAUUUACUUCCUAUCGUCUCGUUUGUCAUUGCUUGGCUGGAGACUUGGUUCCUGGAUUUUAAAGUCCUAACUCAGGAAGCUGAAGAGGAACGGUGGUACCUGGCAGCCCAGGCUGCAGCAGCUCGAGGCCCCCUGCUCUACCCUGGAGCCCUUUCGGAUGGGCAGUUUUACUCCCCACCAGAGUCCUUCGCAGGAUCGGACGAGUCGGAUGAGGAGGGCACAGGAAGGAAAGCGUUGACAGCACAGGAGAAGGAAUAUGUCCGACAAGGCAAAGAAGCAAUGGAAGUUGUGGACCAAAUCCUAGCCCAGGAAGAGAACUGGAAGUUUGAGAAAAACAAUGAGUUUGGUGAUGUUGUUUACACUUUUGAAAUACCUUUCCAUGGCAAGACCUUUAUUUUAAAGGCUUUCCUGCAGUGCUCUGCUGAAACAGUUUACCAGGAGGUUAUUCUCCAGCCUGAGAAGAUGAUCCUGUGGAACAGAACAGUGGCAGCUUGCCAGAUCCUGCAGCGGGUUGAAGACAAUACGAUCGUUUCGUACGACGUAGCAGCUGGGGCCGCAGGCGGCGUUGUUUCUCCCAGGGACUUCGUGAACGUGCGUCGUAUCGAGAGAAGAAGAGACAGGUACAUUUCCUCAGGGAUAUCGACCACGCACAGCCUGAAGCCUCCACUCUCCAAAUAUGUCAGGGGUGAGAAUGGGCCUGGAGGAUUCAUCGUGCUGAAGUGUCCAAGCAACCCCAGGGUCUGCACCUUCAUCUGGAUUCUCAACACGGACCUGAAGGGUCGCCUUCCCCGUUACCUUAUCCACCAGAGCCUGGCGGCCACCAUGUUCGAGUUCGCCUUCCACCUCCGCCAGCGCGUCGGCGAGCUCUCGAGCAAACCGUGAGCAGCGGGGAGCUGCCCUGGCCGGACAUUCCUCUGCCCUACGUCUGCGGCGGCCGGAGACCAGGGAGCAGCCUCGUGCGGGCCGGGGAGAGCCUCGCCGAGACCCCGCGGCGGCGGCUGCCCCGUGCUAACCGAGCCGAGGCCGCGGCGCCCGCGGGCGCCCGCCUCCCUCUCCUGCUGUGGCUCCACCGAACCGGGGCCCCGGAAACCACUGACACUGUGCUGCGUGCCAAACCCCUGCCCUCCCGGGGCGCCGGGCUCUGCCCCCCACCGGCGUCCGGCCUCUCCCCUUCCCCUCGCGAUGAGCCAUGAACCGGGGGCCGAGCCGAGGAGCAGGUGAGGGGGUGGCAUCCGUCCUGCCGUCACAGUCGGUCCCGCAGCGUCACAGCUGCCCUGGGCGUCCCCCAGGGUGGGCUCCAGCCAAGGCAAGGGCAGCCCCCCCCUCGUCGGGGCCUGGCCCAGCACCUCCUUCCUCUGCGGUCGCAGGAUGGGCAGCUGGGGCUGAUACCCCUCCCUGAGCCCCCCAGCCCACCCGAUCCCCCGGCGCGGGGUGCAGCGCCGAGGACCGUGCCGCGGGCACAGCGGCUCCCCGCGGAGGCAGAGCGCAGUUCGCCUUAAGCAGAGACUUUUCUCCUCUUUUUUUUUUUUUUUUUUUUUUUUUGGAGGGAGGGGGGAAGGGGGCUGCGGGGGCGGCUGCAGCUUCUUUCUACCUGUGUGCGCCAGUGCCGUGUUCUGCGCUAUAAAGGGAAGCAGCGCGAAGCCGCCCGCACGCGGGGGCCCGCGCCGGCAGCGCUGCCGGGAGGCGGGGGGAGCGCCCGCGGCGGCCCUGCGGCCUGGGGUCCGCCCGCCCGCCCCCCGGGGGAAUAAAAAGCCUCGUGCUCCUCGCGGCC